AUGUUCACUAUUCAAUUCGAUGCGGCCGGUAUUUACAAGGUCGGCACUCGAAGCCAGCAAUUCCACGUCUCCUUCGAGGAAAUGAUGUCCUUCACCGGUGGUAUCAUUGGUCUCCUGGAGUACGGACUGGCGUGGAAAGUCAUGAAGGGGUCAAUAGGCAGAACUCGACAUCGACUAUGGCAUCAUCCAGGAUCAUCAAUCGACACACAGCCCGCGAUAUGGAUCGAUAACUCCGGACCUGUUUUAUACGAGCUUCGCCACGGCUUGGAGUAUCUACGCAUCUGUCCAGAAGAACUGGAGACAUCUCGAUUCGGCAAAGCUAUCAAAUUAUACUGGGAUGGUGGAAUGACCGGCUUGAAAACCUCUUGGGUUGUGAGAAUGGUCAUCGAAGCUUUCUUCGUUGGUCUUUGGAGGAACUUGUUGCGGCGACUGAAGAAAAGGUCCUUUUGA